CUGGCUGGUCUUCAAUUGCACUCUUUCGCUACACCACCAACAUGAUAAUACUAUCGCUUAUUGCUUUUCUUCUGCUACUCUUCCGCUCAAUUAGCUGCAUUGAACUAGAUAUCACUUCCAGAGAGUCUAUCUGCAAUGCUGCCGGAUUGAUUCAAGACGAGUUGCUAGAAUACUACAUGGGCACUCGAUAUGGAGGAACUGUUGGAAUGUUUCAGGAUCCUUAUUACUGGUGGCAAGCCGGUGAGGCCUUUGGUGGGCUAAUUGAUAUGUGGUAUUUCUGCGAAAAUAAUACCUAUGAAGAACUCAUAUACGAUGCCUUGAUGCACCAAAGAGGUGACAACAAUGAUUAUAUUCCUGCCAACCAGUCGUUGACUGAAGGUAACGAUGACCAAGGGUUUUGGGGCUUUGCAGUUCUUGAAGCUGUUGAGAAAAAUUUCACAAAUCCUCCUGAGGACGAGCCAGGCUGGUUGGCCUUAACUCAAGCUAUCUUCAACACAAUGGAAGCAAGAUGGGACACCGAAUAUUGCAAUGGCGGUCUUAGAUGGCAGAUUUUCACCUGGAAUAAUGGUUACAAUUAUAAAAACACCAUCUCCAAUGGCUGUUUAUUCAAUAUAGCUGCAAGAUUGGCCAGAUAUACUAAAAACGAAACCUAUGUUGAAGUUGCUGAAAGAGUCUUUGACUGGUUAAUUGAAGUAGAAUUCAUCAACAUUACUGGCACUGAUUACUACAUCAACGAUGGUGGUACCGUUGAGCAUAAUUGUACAGACUUUACCAUUUUUGAGUGGACUUAUAACUUUGCUGUGUUUAUCUCUGGCUGUGCUUACCUCUAUAAUUUCACUGAAGAUCAAAAAUGGCUAACUCAUUUAGAUGGAUUAAUUGAAAGUGCCACAGUGAAUUUUUUCUCGAAUAAUAUCAUGUACGAAGCAGCGUGUCAACCAUCUGGUUCAUGUAACACUGACCAAAGAUCUUUCAAAUCUGUAUUUUCAAGAAUGUUAUCUCAUGCCAGUAUCUUAGCACCUACAACCUAUGAUGCUAUCCGACCAUUAAUCGAAAGUUCGGCUGCCGGUGCAGCUUUAUCAUGUACUGGUGGAACAAGUGGCCAUAGUUGUGGAACCAACUGGUUGAUUGGUUCUAACGAUGGUAAUUUUGGAUUGGGUGAACAAAUGUGUGCGCUAGAGAUUAUUAUCAAUUUAUUAGCACCAUCAAUGGACCAACCAUUAACAAAUGUGACAGGUGGAACAUCAAGGGGAGAUUCAUCUGCUGGGUUAUCCACCAUUUCAGAUAAGUAUUUUGCUCAAAACGAUUUGGUUAUUACGGCGGGUGAUAAAGCAGGUGCAGGGGUAUUAACUGCGGUUAGUUUAGGAUCUCUUUUAGCUAUUGGUAUCUGGAUGAUACUUUGAACGAAUAAGUGGAUGAAUUCAUAACUUAUAUUGUACCAUUUAAAUUUCAAUUUCAAUUUCAAUUUCAAUUUCAUUUUUCAUUUUUCUCAUUAUUACUAUUUGAAUUGUACUGGUUUUACUUGUUUUUAUUUAAUUUUUAUUUUUUUUUUGACUUGUUAUUACUAUUAUCUUUAUUGAGUUUAAUAUUAUAUUGUUUACAUAAAAAGAAAACAAACUAAAAAAAGAAAAUAAAAGAUACAAUAUAGAAUAAGGAAUAUAGGGGAUAAGAAAUAAAAUAACGUAAAGUAGAG